AUGGAUGAUUCACCUUGCUUCGCCACUUCUCCUCCAGCGACGUCAGGCCUUCCUCAUUACAAAUCGACCAACGAUAAGCUAAUACUUAUAACUGAAUGGUUUCACUCUCAGUUGGGUGUGCGACUCCUCCAUCGCACUGAUGACUACGAAUGUGACUCUUCCACUACACCUGGCUUCUGUUUGAAUCAUUUCAUUGAACGACAGGUGAAUCAGACCAUCUUCUCAAUUUAUUUGACAUUGAAGAACAGUGCGUUGAAUUUCUUUGUCGUGUCCAAUUUAUCUCGACCAGAUCUCAAGCAGGAGCUUCUUGCAUUAGGUGAGCAGAUUGGGAAUGCUGGAUCAAGGUUAUCAGAGGAUUUUAUUUCAGGUGGUUUGCUUUUCAACAUGAUGAUACGUGUAGCCGCAGAAAAUCAACAAGGUGGUGUUGCUGCUAUAGACCAUGGGGAAAUGCCAAAUAAUUUUACAUGUGGGAAUAAAAGCUUGUACAAUGACAGGGUUGAGUCUUUUGCAGCAGCAGCUGGAGAGGGUCAAGACAGCAUUUCUGAUAGGGGUAAAAUCGUCAUUAGUAACGAAGAGUUGGUAGCUGAUGACAAUUCCAAAAGAUCAGUAGCCUCUUUUUGCAAAGAAAUGACUGUUUAUGAGUCCUUAAGUGGACAAGCUACAAUUUUGGCUGCACUUGCAUCUGUCUCCCCAAAGCUGCCUCUUGGUUAUCCAGCCAGAUUUCCCAGAACAAUGCUUGAUGUAGCUAGAAAAAUGCUAUCAGAAGCUAGCCGAAACACUGUGUUUGCUAAGGUUGAAAAAGAACCUACAUGGUUACUUCUCUCAUCUUUGUGGUUUGGUUCCAUCAUUUCUGGAGUUGUUCAAUCUAUGUUGACUUCCAGAAGUGGGAAAAAGAGUCCUCCUUCAAACAGCAAGCGUAGGCAUGCACGUGGAUCUUUUUCAUUUCUGGGGGGAAUACAGUGGAGGAAAAAGAAGAAGUGGAAGAAGAAGAAGAAUAAGAAGAAGAAGAAGAAGAAGAAGAAGAAGAAGAAGAAGAAGAAGAAGAAGAAGAAGAUGAUGAGGAUGAAUGUGAAUCAACGGAUUCUUCUAGCUCAAACAUUGUGGAGCCAGGUCCGCAUCUUCUUGCUCCAACACGGAGUAACCUUGAAAGCCAUAGGAAAGAGGAUAGCAUGCGAUGCUACUGUUGAGCAUUUGGUUGUGUCAUAUAAAGAUGGAAACGAGGUGUACAAGGAGCUGUUGUAUCUAUUCAGACUAGGCUUAGAGUAA